CGCCAGUGGAUGCUUCUCGAGUCUUUUCCUGGCGUGCAGCCAUCAUGAGCGCGAACAAUCAAGCACGCGUUGGCCUAACCUUCAUCUCCACCGGAACGGUCCAAAUCAAGCUGCCUAUGAAAGGUCAGCCCGUGCAAAAUUACUGGGACCAAUUUGUCGCCCUCCGCCGACUCCGCUGCAUCGCCACUCAACAAUGGACCGACCCUAUGCCUAUCGGCGUCUUCCUAAUAUCCCAUCCUAACGGUCCGGUCCUAUUCGACACGGGAGAAUCGCCAUGUUGCAACGACCCCGGCUAUCUGCCGUACUACAGUCCCACCAAAAUGUUCAGCAGCGUCAACAUCCGCCCGGAGGACGGGAUCGUCAACCAGCUGAAAGAGCAGGGCGUGGAGCCAGACCAGCUUCAGGCAAUCGUCCUCAGCCACCUCCACGGCGAUCACGCAGGCGGGGUUAAGGAUCUGAGGAUGGCCGCGCCGGACGUCCCCGUCUUCGUGAGCGCUGAGCACUGGGCCGCUUUUGGCAACAGCCCGGUCCACGCGACAUUGUCGGGGUGCGUCCCGCAGCACUGGCCUGAAGCAUUCCAACCGACCCUCAUCGAUUUCUCGGGCAGUGCCGUUGGUCCCUGGGAGAAGUCAGGCAAAAUCACGGCUGAUGAGAGGAUCGUUGCGGUGCACACCCCUGGCCAUGUCCCGGGUCACAUCUCGCUGGUCGUGCGUGGCGAUAACGAUGACGGCAGCACGACGACAUACUGCUUGCUUGGGGACGCGAGUUACGGAUUGGAUCUCCUAGAUAAGGAAGAGCCGGACGGUGUCAACGACGACCCCAUCUUAGCAUUGGAGAGUCUGAGGAAGAUCAAAUCGUUUGCUCAUCAAGCCGAUGUAGUUGUCUUGCCAAGCCAUGACCCGGAUACCCCUCGCCUGCUUAAAUACCGUGUCUUGUACAAACCGAAGGAGAUAUUAUGA